AGUGGAUUCAAUUGCAUGUCAAAAUAAACCAAAAGAAAUCACAAAAUCUGUAAUGGAUUCAGAUUCUCAAUCUUCCCAUCAUAUUGUUUUCUUCCCAUUCAUGGCUAAAGGCCACACAAUUCCUCUUCUUCACCUCCUCCGCCUCCUCCGCCGCCGUUUCCCCCACCUCUAUCUCACCAUCUUCACCACCGCCGCCUACCGUCCCUUCAUUUCCCAGUUCCUCUCCGACUCCGGCACCGAUUCCAUCUCCAUCGUCGACCUCUCUUUUCCUCAAAAUGUCCCCGGCCUCCCCGCCGGCGUCGAAUCCACCGAUACCCUCCCUUCUCUCUCCCUCCACACUGAAUUUUGCGCCGCCACAGAGCUUAUGCAACCGGAAUUCGAAGAACGGCUCCGGUCCCUCCCCGUUCCAGUCACCUUCUUAAUCUCCGACAUGUUCUUCUGGUGGACCCUCGAGUCCGCUUCCAAAUUGGGAAUCCUCCGAAUUAAUUUCAGCGGCAUGUCCAAUUACUCCGCUGCCGUCACAUCCUCUGUCGUGAAAAACAGAGUCCUCGCCGGAGCUCAGUCCGUCGACGAGCUGGUCACCGUCACUGAUUUCCCUUGGGUGAAAAUCACCCGCGGUGAUUUUGAUCCGGUUUUCUGGCCGGAAGCCUACCUGACGAGCGGCCACUUUCAAUUUCAAUUUAUAAUGAAGUCAGUGCACGCAGCAACCAAUAGCUAUGGAUUCAUCGUGAAUAGCUUUUACGAGCUGGAGCCAAUGUUCUUCGAUUACAUGAGAAACAGCAAAAAGACUUGGAACAUUGGACCACUUUGUCUGGACCAGUUCUGUUCUAAUUCUGUGAGAAAUCGUGAAUCGACUCAAAAGCUUCAAAUGCAGGGGUGGUGGGAAUGGUUGGAGGGAAAACUCAAGCAAGGAGAAGGGGUGUUAUACGUGGCAUUCGGUUCACAGUCGGAGAUUUCAUGUAAACAAAUGAAAGAGAUAGAGAUUGGGUUGGAAGAAUCAGGAGUAAACUUUCUAUGGGCAAAAAGAGAGGAGAUCAAUGAAAUGGAAGAUAAAGGGUUUGAAGAGAGAGUAAAAGGGAGAGGGAUUAUAGUAAGGGAAUGGGUUAAUCAAUGGGAAGUGUUAAAACAUGAGGCUGUUAAAGGGUUUUUAAGUCACUGUGGUUGGAACUCAGUGGUAGAGAGUUUGAGCUGUGGAGUGCCAAUUCUUACUUACCCAUUAAUGGCGGAGCAGAGUUUGAAUGCGAGGAUGGUUGUGGACGAGUUGACGGCGGGGAUGAGGGCGGUGGAGGGGACAUCGUCGAUGAAGGGGGCUGUGAAAGGGAAGGAUUUGAAGAGAUUUGUGAGAGAGUUAAUGGAAGGAGAGAAAGGGAAAGAGGUGAGGAAGAAGGCAAUGGAGAUUUCAGAGAUGGCCAAGAAAGCUAUGGCAGAAAAUGGAUCCUCGUGGAAAAAUUUGGAACUAUUAGUUAUGGAAAUGUGUAACAAAUCACCAUUACUACCGCAUACGGAUUUGCCAUCAUUCAAGGGACAUGGAGCAAAUUAUGCAUAAUGAAAUGAUGUGUGCAGCUCACAAGAAAUCUCUUUUUUAAUGUUUUUUUUACUAUGUACCAAAGAAUGUUGUCCCUAGUCAUUGUCACUAGAAAAUACUUUCAUGGUUGCACCUAUUUUUGUUGAUCCUAUUAAAUUGUCCAAUUAUUAUUUGUCACAUACCAAAUUCA